GCUUACAGGAAGUGUGACAUCAACGGUUCCUGGGUCUUUAUGGAGCACUGGAACAAAACAUGGACCAAUUACUCAGAGUGUUUACGCUUUCUCCAGCCCUUCAGUGACGAAGAUGGGAGACAAGACUUCUUUGAGCGGCUGUACGUCAUGUAUACCAUUGGCUAUGCCGUGUCCUUCAGCUCUCUGCUAGUGGCCAUCAUGAUCAUUGGAUACUUCCGGCGUCUUCACUGCACCAGAAACUACAUCCACAUGCACCUCUUUGUUUCCUUCAUGCUACGAGCAGUCAGCAUCUUCAUGAAGGACAAAGUUGUGUAUUCCAGGGUGGGAUUGCAGGACUUGGACUCUGCUCUGCUCGACAGCUUAAAAACUGUUAGCAUAUCAUCACUGGACAAGUCGCAGUAUAUUGGCUGCAAGGUGACUGUGCUGCUCUUCAUCUACUUUCUGGCUACCAAUUACUACUGGAUUCUGGUAGAAGGCCUUUACCUCCACAGUCUCAUCUUCAUGGCCUUCCGAUCAGAUUCCAAAUACCUCUGGGGUUUGAUACUCAUCGGAUGGGGUGUUCCAGCUAUUUUUGUGGCAGUGUGGGCGAUCGUCAGGGCAACAGUGGCAGAUGCAAGGUGCUGGGAGUUGAGUGCUGGAAACAUCAAAUGGAUCUAUCAGGUUCCCAUCUUGACAGCGAUUGGGCUCAACUUUAUUUUGUUUGUGAACAUCGUGCGAGUUCUGGCCACUAAAAUACGAGAGACGAACGCAGGGCGAUACGACACCAGGAAACAGUACAGGAAACUGGCAAAGUCCACUCUUGUGCUCGUGCUGGUGUUCGGCAUCCACUACAUCAUCUUCGUUGGGAUGCCUCAUACAUAUCAGGGACCAAGCUGGGAAAUCCGAAUGUACUGUGAGCUGUUUUUCAACUCAUUCCAGGGCUUCUUUGUGUCAAUUAUCUAUUGCUACUGCAAUGGAGAGGUCCAGACAGAGAUAAAGAAAACAUGGACACGGUGGAAUCUUUCCUUUGAGUGGGAGGGUCCAGUUGUGUGCGGCCGCUACCGUUAUGGGUCCGUGGUCGUAGGUCUGAACAACAACAGCACCAGCCAGUCCCACCUGGCUGGAGCUGGGCUGUCCACACGCUCCACCACGCUCGUUUCCAGCCGCGUUUACCGGAGCACAGGUCCACCCACGAUCAGCAUGCAUGCCACCCUGCCAGGAUACGUAAUCAGUAACUCGGAUCCAUCCAUACCCGAGGAGCCUGAGGACAGCGGUCCAAAGAGGGUAGAUGAUAUCUCACUGAGGGAAAAUCUGCCUGUUCUAAAUAUGAGUGGAACGGCUGAUGAUGAGGAGGAAACGCUGUAGCAGACAUCUGAUGUCAGAGCGGGCCGUAGUAACCAGGCCAAACUGUUUACUCUUGUGUUAUUCAAACUCUGAAGAGGGAUGCAAAGACAAACCAAAAGUGUCACUCUGCAGACAAGAAGAGGAAAAAAUGUCCCGGACAUUCAUAAGAAGAAGAACUAACGUGAACAUUUUAUACAGUACUGUAAAUUGUGAAGAAAUGUUAACUGUUGUCAUUGCUAUACUGUUUUUGCUGCCAACGAUCAUCAAAAUGCUGACUUUUAAACUUCAGGUCACACAGGUCACGGUGAAAAAUGAAGAAACACUGAAUCAGUUUGACAGAGCCAGAGUCAACCCCACACAUCACAGGACAGCCGCCACUUUCAGCAAAAGCUGUUGAUGGCAGACUGUUUACUUACGAACAUCAUUUGUUGGAGCGUAAGCAGGCUGGCUAAUAAGUGCUACAAGUUGGCAACACUGCUGCUACUCCAGACCCUUUAUCUGACAGUGGCUUAUUACCUUCAGACAUUUCCAAAUGACAGGAGGUGAAAAGCUUUUGAGCACCUAGUUUAA